GCGCGCAGGCGGGGCCGCGCGGCGGCGGGAGCGCGCGGCGGCGGCAGCUGGGUAGCCCGCCGGGGCACCGCCAGCCUCGGCCGCGCCGGCCAUGGAUCCCUUCCCCAAAGACGGCGAGAGCGCGGCGGCCGGGGAGUCCAGCCGGGGCGCUGCCCCUUCCAGCGGGGUGGUGGUGCAGGUCCGGGAGAAGAAGGGCCCCCUACGCGCCGCCAUCCCCUACAUGCCGUUCCCCGUGGCUGUCAUCUGCCUCUUCCUCAACACCUUCGUGCCGGGGCUGGGAACAUUUGUAUCGGCUUUUACCGUGCUGUGCGGAGCCCGGACUGACCUCCCUGACAGGCACAUGUGUUGUGUCUUCUGGCUGAACAUUGCUGCUGCUCUGAUUCAGAUCCUGACGGCGAUCGUGAUGGUUGGCUGGAUUAUGAGUAUAUUUUGGGGGAUGGACAUGGUCAUUCUUGCAAGUAAGUACAGCUACAAGGAACAGGGGAUCCCACAGCAGCUGUAGUGGCUGGGACAAGUAUGGUCAGAGAAACACGGCAAGAGAUUUCCUUUGGCAGCUGUGGGCCACGGAUCUUUUCAUUACCCUUUGUCUUUCUUCUUACUUUUCUUUUGUUUCCUUCUGUCUGAACCCGGUUCAUCUGCCCGUCCAGCGGAGCGGAGGUGCAGAGCAGCCGACGGAGACUUGCACUGAUCCUAUUGAGCAGCGGAGAUGGGGCGAGCACGGCGUGGGUUAGGACUGGCCCUGGCCAGCACAUGGUGGGCGGCCGAUGAGGAGGAGGAAGGUGACAGGAGGAGGAGACACCCCUGGCAAAGGUGGCACCUGGGCAGGCAGCUGAGCCGGGGGAGCAGGAGAUGCUGCUUUCUCUCUCCUCCCAGGAGGAAGUAGCUGAAGACGUUUUGCCUCCUUUUUACGCUCACUGUUAAAGGAAACCGGCGGCGAACAUCAAAUGCCAAGGAGCUAUUAAUAGAUAUAUGUACAGUAUGUAAAAGCAAACCAGUGGUACUUUCUCCCCACCCUGAGAGUCCAUCCUCGACUGCUUCGUGGUAGUGGAGGACUCAGCCCAGCCUCCUCUACUGUCUGCAUAUACAUGAUGCUCAAUGAAGCUCUGUCCUUGCAGAUGUCUUGAGAAACGUGCUUGCUGUAAAUUGUAUUGUACUGCUGAACUGACUGGGGCUGUCCGCUGCUUCCAUCCACUGGCACCAUGUGAAGACCAGACCUCCUGCCAGCCCCUCGGGAGACUUUAUUUAGCAAGAGACCGGUGCCCCACAGAGCCUUGCCUCUAGGGUGGUGGGUGCAGCCACGUGCUGCCAAAGGCUUCUAGUGUAAAACAAUACUGGGGGAGCCAAAAAAAAAAAAAAAAAAAAAAGAGACUUUUCCUCCCCUCCCCCUGAAAGGGACUUGCUGGCAGUGUCUCCAUGCUUUGGAAAUGGAUCCCCUUACAGUGCAGCGUGUGCUCCUGGCUGAAGCAGUGUCCCCACUCCGCUUCCCCAGGGGCCAAAUAAAUCACCCAGCACAUUUACACCUCUUUCUGGAGUGCCACAGAGGGAAGCCACCUCCUCCGGGAUGCCCACCAACACUGGGGCUGGGUAACUUGCCCCCCGCUUGCGGGAGCCGUGCUGUACCGCACCGCCGCUGCAAACCGACCCCCGCCUCCUUGCCGGCGCAGCUUGAGGUCGCAGCCAGCGAACGCUUGACCUGGUCGAAGGCGCAUGGCACCGGGCUAUCCCGAUAUCAUCAUCUGCUUUAUAAAUAUAGAUGUUUUAGAUGCAAGUUUUACAGCUAAAGAGUGGUAGUGGGUAACAAAGAAUAAAUGCAGUUGCUUCACCCCCAUCUGCCAGCGACACGGUAUUUUCUGCUGCUUUUUCCUGAUUGUGAAAACCAGGUUUCUCAAAAAAAGGGCUUUAAUGAAAUAGUUCCUUGGUACUUGGACCCAGCCGGGCUGAACAGCUGAUUUACUACUCAGUGGAGAGCAAUUCCAGGUAGGAACCAAACUAAAUGUCUUUUUUGAAAUUUGUGGCCAGUCGUAAGCCAAUUUCAUCCUGGGUCAGCCCAACCAUUUCAAUGCAGAGCAUGUUAACGGUUUGGUUUUUUUUUUUUUUUCUAAGUUCAUUGGUGUUGCCAAAUCCGCACUUACCAUGGAAAAGGUGCUAUGGCAGAUGGCCCCCACCCUCCCGGCCCUUUGCCCACCUGACCCCGCUUGCCAAGGGGCUUGGCAUCGCUCUCAGCCGUGGCACACAUGCCCGGCGAUCACAGCCGGGAAGGUCAGCGGGGCUUUGUGCCCAAAACGGCUCCGGCACUCAGCCGUGUUGUAGGGAGCGUUAGACAUGCGAGGUGCCUCCAUCUGUGCCGCAUCCUGUGCUUCGAGACACAAAACUGCAUGUUCCUCCCUACGUGCAUUGACUGUCACACAUUUUAUAAGAGAUCUUUCCGUUCUGCUGGAAA